ACGGUGAGAGGUGCCCUGAAGGGGCCAGGCUGGGGGAGGUGGAGGCCAGAAUACCCAGCACCCUGAAUGCUGGGCCAAGGAGUCCAAGCUAAACCUCAGGGCACUGGGAGCCAGGAAGCAUUUAGGGAGGGGAGAGACAGGUUGGUUUGGGGUUAGAGAGGGCCCGGUGGGCCCAGGUGGGGAUGUGGUUCAAAGGGGAGAUGCCAAAGCUGGCAAUGGAUAGGGACUGUGAAGAUGGAGAGGAGCAAGUGAACAUUAGAACUAUUUCCAGAAUAAAGACAAGCAGACCAACCAGGACUCCAAGGGGGAAAACAAGGAAUUUGCCAGUCUGGCUAGAGAAAGGUCCUGGGGUAGGGACCAGGCUGUGGGAAUGGCAGGCCCCAGGGUACACAACAGCCCCAGGAUGGGGGAGGGGUAGGAGCUCCUGAUUCAGGAGCCAGCCUGCGGUCAGAGGCUCACACCCAGCUGACCCAGGCAGGCACGGGUCAUCUGCCCUCAGGUGGUCCAAGGCCCCUGCCUGGCACUAGUGGGUACCUUGGGCCAGCUGGAACCCCAAGGAAGAAAUAUGUGAUACCCUUCACCCCCAUCCUAGCUCCUUUUCCGAAGACAGGGCUCCCCUCCCCCAACCCUGCAGCUGCCUCUCUGGACAGAGGGAGGGGGAAGUGGCCAGAAGGGGAAGUGUGAGGAGUUCCCCUCCGGCCCGUCACCAGUCUCCCUCCUCAGGCCCUCGGAGCAGCGGCCAUGGCCAUGGAGCCUCUGGAGACACCCAUCAAGGACGGCAUCCUCUACCAGCAGCACAUCAAGUUUGGCAAGAAGUCCUGGAGGAAGGUAUGGGGUCUACUGUAUGCAGGAGGCCCAUCAGGCGUGGCACGGCUAGAGAGCUGGGAGGUCCGGGAUGGUGGCCUGGGGCCAACAGGUGACAGGUCUGUGGGGCCUGGCCGGCGAGGAGAGCGGCGGGUCAUCCGCCUGGCUGACUGCGUAUCCGUGCUGCCGGCUGACGGUGAGAGCUGCCCGCGGGACACUGGUGCCUUCCUGCUCACCACCACGGAGCGAAGCCACCUGCUGGCCGCACAGCACCGCCAGUCUUGGAUGGCCCCCAUUUGCCAGCUGGCCUUCCCGGGCACAGGGGAGAGCUCCCAAGGAUCAGGGGAAGCAGAGGCUCCCAAGAAGGGCCUGGUCCAGAUGGAGGAGAACUCCAUCUACUCCUCCUGGCAGGAAGUGGGCGAGUUUCCAGUGGUGGUACAGAGGACGGAGGCAGCCGCCCGCUGCCAGCUGAAGGGGCCCUACCUCCUGCUGCUGGGCCAGGACUCCAUCCAGCUGAACGAGCCCGCUAGCCCCCAGGCGCUCUACACCUGGCCCUACCGAUUCCUGCGCAAGUUCGGCUCCGACAAGGGCGUGUUCUCCUUUGAAGCCGGCCGCCGCUGCGACUCGGGCGAGGGCCUCUUCGCCUUCAUCAGCCCCCGCUCCCGCGACCUAUGCGGGGCCGUAGCCGCCGCCAUCGCCCGCCAGCGGGAGCGGCUCCCGGAGACGGCGGGGCCCCAGCCCUGCCCCCUGCCGCGGGCCACCUCCCUGCCCUCGCUGGAGCCUCCGGGGGAGCUGCGGGAGGUGCCCCCGGGGCCCGAGGCGCCCGGCUCCUGGAGGGCGCGCGCGGCCGAGGCCGGGCCCCAGAGCCUGCCCCCUCUGCUGGGCCCCGCAGCCCCGGACGAGCCGGCGCCCGCGCUCUACGCGUCGGUGUGCAAGCGGGCCAGCCGGCUUCCGGACGCCGCCGAGCACCUGUACGAGAACCUGUGCGUGCUGGACGCCGGCCCAGCGCCCGACGUCGGCUGUCCGGAGCAGGAGGGCCCGGGCGGCCGCAGCCCCCUGGCCAGCCGCAUCUACCACAAUAGCCAGGACCUGGGCUGGCCCGGCGCGGCCCAUGACAGCCGCCUGGAGGCCCAGUACCGGCGGCUGCUGGAGCUGGAGCUGGCCGACAACGGCGACGAGGCCGGGGCCUCCGCCCGCGCCGGCGCCCACUUGGGCUUCAAGGCCAAGCUGGUGACGCUGCUGAGCCGCGAGCGCAGGAAGGGACCGGCUCCCUGCGACAGGCCCUGACCGAGUAUCGUGGCGGCCGGAGGAGAGGAAGGCUCUCUCCCUGGGACAAGAGGGCGGGGGAACAAUGGACAUCUGCAGACACACCCCCACACUCACUGUAGCCUGGAGGGACAAGGCAGACAGCCUGGGGAGGACCCCUCAGGCGCCCUGCCGGCCCCCAGUGUAUAGUGUACAGAUUUGCUGGUAAUAAAGCCUUUUAGUUCUCCUCUCCA